UUACAUAACCAUAAAAAAUCUCUCUGUCUCUCUCUAGAUUUUUGCUUUAUAGUUUCUACUUUUUACUUUUUCCCUCUCUAUAUCUAUUUUUUUUUGAGCAAUCGAGUAAUAAUUUUCUGGUUUUUGUUGGCUUCUAGUUCUGUUUUUCUUCUUAGUUAGAUCAUGUUUUUGAUUGAUUGGUUCUAUGGAGUUCUUGCUUCACUUGGGUUGUGGCAAAAGGAAGCCAAGAUCUUGUUUUUAGGGCUCGAUAAUGCCGGUAAAACGACGCUGCUUCAUAUGUUGAAGGAUGAGAGAUUAGUGCAACACCAGCCUACACAGUAUCCAACAUCCGAGGAGUUGAGUAUUGGGAAAAUCAAGUUCAAGGCUUUUGAUUUAGGAGGUCAUCAGAUUGCUCGUAGGGUUUGGAAAGACUACUAUGCCAAGGUGGAUGCGGUUGUUUACCUGGUAGAUGCUUAUGACAAGGAGAGAUUUGCCGAAUCAAAAAAAGAACUGGAUGCUCUCCUCUCUGACGAAGGUUUGGCCAAUGUUCCAUUCCUUGUUUUGGGCAACAAAAUUGAUAUACCAUAUGCUGCCUCAGAAGAUGAGUUGCGUUACCAUCUGGGCCUCACAAACUUCACCACUGGCAAGGGUAAUGUGAACUUGGGAGACUCAAAUGUUCGUCCCCUGGAGGUAUUCAUGUGUAGUAUUGUCCGGAAGAUGGGCUAUGGUGAAGGUUUCAAGUGGAUGUCUCAGUAUAUCAAGUAGUGAGGUAUAGGAAAUUGAGAACUAUUUAGUUGAUAAUCACAAUUGUAUGUCAUAUUGAUGAAUUGGUUCUGAACAUUUGUUAUAGAAUCACUGUUAAAAGAAUUUCAGUUGUUUUGACUUCAUAUCUUAGUAAAGUUAUAUACUUGGGCCCCUUCAUGCCAA